AAAUUUCUAAAUUCAUGUAUUCACCCCCUCUACAUUUAUGCCAAGUUUCAUUAAAAUUUGAAUUUUCGAGUUUGCGAGGUUCCCUUGUUAGAUGGCAGCCAUAUACAUUGCGCAUAUGAUGUUGAGAAAUACAUAAUUGAGAUUAAAACUUAUAAUUAUUUUUAACUUAUACUUUGUAUAAUGGUCUUUUCAGAAGAGCACAAAUUCUUCGUAUUUCUCCCUCAAUCUAUGAAAAUAUCAAUUAACGAUUACAAGGAAACAAGUAAGAGAUUGAUCAAGACUUCAGUUUCGGCGGUGAUUUUUUGUUCAAUUUAUUAAUACGUUUAUUCGUCUAUUUUCAUCCCGGCGCAACCAGGUUGAUUUUGCUCGACGAAAAAAUUCUGCCCAAAGGCAGCCCGACCGCGAACAACCAUUUGGAAAUUUUACGAGAUCGUUACGCGGCGCAGCUGCAUCCUGUGGACCGUAGACGCUGCGAUCUUCCUCGUUCUUGUCGGCGAACAAGCGGGCCGAUGGAAUUUCAAAUGAGGGUGCGGCCGCGCGUACGAAAUCGUCUGAAUGAAUUUUCGUCAGGAGCGUGUUCGCGCUCGCAUGAUCGGCGCAUCGAUCCAAGAGGACCGCCCGGAGUUGUGGACAUCGCGCGAGGGCAUUAAAAUUGCCGCCGAACAGAGAGGCGAGGGAUCGGCUAAGGAAAAAAAGAAGAGAAGAGGAGAGAAGGCGACGAGGAGCCCCGUCGAAUAAAACCGCCAAAAAGUCAAGUGAAUCCAGCCCAGGUAACCGUAGCAGUCGAUUUGCGGUUACCGCAGAUACGCAAGAGAAAAAGAAGGCUCUUCUUUUUGUUUCUCUAUCUCUUUUUCUUUCUCUUUACUUUCUCAUAUAUUUCUUACUUGUAUUUUUGCUUGCGUCUUAUAUCUUCUUUUGUCUCAUAUUUCGGCUUUAUUUUAUUUUUAUUUCUUAUCUCUCAUCAACUUGCUUGCAUAAUAUUUCCCUUAUAUCAUUUAUUUUACUUUUUCUGAUUUCUGUACUGUUUUGUUUGUUUUUAGAGAAUUCUCGCCCUGAACGGCUAAGAAACGCUCAGUCGGUCUGUCUGUCUUCUCGCACGCUCGCUCCUUCCCGCAUCCUUAGCGUUAUCGUUUCCUUUCGAUCCCGCAAAAGUCUUCUGCGGUAAGCGAGGGAGAGCGCGUAGACAGUCGGAUUUAUAUUCAAAUGAAUUGCGAUGGAAGGCUCGAUUUAUCGAUGCCCCAUCAAACCCCGUGGCGCACGUAUGGAUUGCGCAGGUUGGAGGGAAGGAAAAUCAAAGGGUUAAGUUACGAGAGAGAGAGAGAUGAAGGACGCGCCUAAGGAGCCAGAUCCCUUUCCUCGCUCGCUCAACGACUAUUAUUGCUUGGGGGGGGAAGGGGAGGUAGACUGCGAACUCAAAGAUUGCACGGUGUAACAAACUUCUUCGGAAUUUUUUCUUAUUAUUAUGUUUUAUAAUUAUAUACGUUGAAUUAACGGCGCGUCGUCGCAUCGGGACUUCCUUCAAGACGUUACCAUAUACUCCAUCCGCGAAUGUUUCCGUGAUAACGCGAGCAUUACUGAAUCUUCAGGAUCCUCAUCUCGGAGGACGAUAACGCGGCGAAAAAUUCCGCGAACCAAAGUUUUUCGAGAACGCAAUUAACGACACGACGGUGUCCUGCCUCCCUUGCGCCGCGUACGUGUGCGUGCAUGCCUUUAUUUAGCUUUAGUUGGUCGAAACCGGUUGCAAGCGACUCCACUCCGCUCUCUGAUUCGGGAGAGAGAGAGGAGAGGGGGGGGGAGAGGGAGAGAGAGAAAGAGAGGGAGGAAUGCCCGCGGUCCAGCGCACCGCAACUUUUAGGGUUCCCCUAAGGCGCAGGAAGGAAUUUCGCACGACCGAAUGAAGCGACGUCGUGAGAUGUCAGUUUCUCUCAGCCGGAAAUCAUCGCUGAGGUAACACCGCGUCUGGCCACCACAAAUUAUUAGCGACUUGAUAUGGGUAAGAUAAAAAAUCAUCUAUUUAUAUAGAUAAAAUUUCUUUUAGUCGACCAAACUAUUAGAUUAAUAAAUAUUGUAGUUUACAGAGAUGAUUGUAAGCUUUAUCCUUUAAUUUUUUUAAAUUUGUACUACUUGAAAAGAACUUAAAGUUAAAAUCAAAACGUUGUAGUUUAUUAAUCUAAUGAAACUUGCUAGGUCGCUUAGGCGACUAAAAGAAAUUUUAUUUAUGUUAAUUAUCACUGGCGAAAAAAAAUUUUUAUAUUUUAUUUUGUUUAUUUGAAAGUAUUUUUUUAGUGUAUAGCGUAUACUGAAGUACGUACUACUUAAAUAUACAUAAAAAGAAUUUUUAUGGAAUAUUUGCUUAUACUGUGCACGCGGACAAAUAUAAUAUUUAGAUAUAUUUUUGUAUUUCAUUUUCAUAUUUAAUAUGAAAUUGAAAUGAAUUUAUUUAAAGUUCAAAUUCUGCUUUCUCUCUCUAGCCAGAAAAGGAGAACUUAAUGUUUUUUUUUUUUGUAAUAAGUGAUUCAAAAGUAACUCGAUGAGUGACCAUACUUGCAUUAUUUAAAAUUACGCGCACGGGUGUAUUUAUGGGUCCGCAUAAAUGUUACGCAAGACGUAGGGUAACACGUCGAGAAGGGUUCAGAGUGCGACGUCUCGCGAACCGCUCACGGCGAUGAAGAUCUCGCACUUCUCUAUCGAAAUUCGGUCAGGGUCGAUCGGGCAAUUUGCUACCUGCCCGCCACUGGCGACUUAAUUACUCCUUCUUGUGCCCUGUAAUUUUCGUUUCUGCCUCUCUCGCGGAGCCGUCCAGAACGAAAGCGUGCUACGUGCCUCACGCUAGAUCGCGUGGGCUGCUUGCGUCAUUAAGGGUAGUAACUCGCGGUGCCGGAAUGACUUUGGCUGCGGCGGAGAAAGUGGCCGGGUGUGGCUAGACACUACCACUCUAGGAGAGACAAUCUAUCUCCCCUCCCCCUCUUCCCAUCUCUCUCUCUGACGUGUGAGAGAAGUCGUUCUCCUUUGAAGAAUCUUCUAUGUUUCUCAAUUGCUUUCGAAUUCUGAAUUCUUUCGUAAUAAACGAUAAGUAUGGAAUGCACGCGCUUCAAUCAUUGCUCCUCAUCUCGAGGAUAAUUGCGUUUCUUCGCGCUACUGAUUCACUGCGCUCGAUCCUCCAUCAUCGCGGUCGAAGGGAAUUCUCUCUCGUGCUCCUUCUCGCGCGACACGUGCGAGAGCGGCGCGCGUUAAGAUCGCACGUGGGUGCACGCGUCGCACGUCACGCGCGCCGCCGUCGACGGCGACGACGACGACGACGACGACGACGACGGUCGGUCAGUAGCCGCUGCGCCGGAUCGAACGGCCGGGGUUCGACGAACUCUUUGUCUCGAAAACCGGACGAACCGUUCGUACAUAUGUACGUACGUACGUACGCCUCGGCCACCUCUGGCCAUAGCGCCUAACAUACCUCGCGUUUCUUGCCUCUCCCCCGACAAAGUCGCCGUCGCCGUCGUAGCGUUCGCCAUCCUCCCGUUCUCCGCGAAAUCGAACUCGUUUCUGUCUCGUUUCUGAGAUCAGAUACAAUUUUGUAACAAUGGGACUCUGGGCUAAAACAAAGUCAAAUCCUUGAGUUGGUCUCAUUUUUAUCCAAGCGAUUUCAACUACUUUACGUUUUUUUUCCCCCCAGCAUUCUCUUCUCACAAAACAAUAAAAAUUAAAUAUUAAUUAAUAUUUAUUAUUAAUAAACUUUUAUUGCGAUCCGCAGUUGGGACAUUUAAUUUACACUUCAAUAAGCUUUUCUGAUUUUUUUUUCAGAAUUUUCUGGGCCCGUUAAAGUGAUUUAAUUUGACGCGGACAUAAAUGACUUAAGGUAUCAGUUUACGUUGACAGUUCAGUUUGACGAUUAAUAUCUAAAUCGAAUAGACAAUUGGGAAUAUUUUCCCUUAAAACAUUUACCAUUAACCGAAUUUAAGCCGAUGAGAGGCGAAGCCGUCGUAUUACCGUGGUCUUCGACAACUUCGCGCCCUCUCAUUUUGGGGAGAAACCGAGAGUCAAGGACAAUUGGUUUGUAAGAAUAAGCGUGUUUAUUGUUACGAGAUUUACUUACAGUACACACCCGCCGUUUUCUCGCCGCUGUUCCUACCUCCUCGCUCGUUCGCCUCGACUCAAACGCGGUGAGUACACCGUUGCGGUCGUCUGGUCCUCCGCGGUCUUCUUAACCGCGGGGGCCCCCCUUUUUCUCGGGCCGAUUUACGGCGCGAUAUACGCGAGAGGGAAUUACGCGGCGAAUUUUUAUGCGCGUUUUAUUCCUUUUUCCCCCACGCACACACUUACGCACGGACAGCCGAAACGGCGUAUCCCGCAACAAUGUUACGGAUCAGACGCGGCGGACUGGCAGGAAACAUAAAUAUCGGAGCCUUCGAGAGUACCGAGGCUCCGAAAUACGUUUCCCCCCUUUUACGGGAGCGAGGCCCAACCCUUCUCAGGCGGAACGGCGAUUGCAGUUUUGCGUGCUUUUUGCGGCGUUACCAGAAGGUACUGGUAGCACUAAUGCGUCGUUUUCGAGGAUCUUCGAAUCAAACCUGCAACUCGAUGGGAUUACAGUGAUGGGAAAAAAAAUUUUACGACUAUUCCUCAAUAAUAAAUUUUAUUAUAGGGUUGGAUAUUACACAGCAGACUAGCUCUUGAAGUGUCCGUUUGAAAGACGAAAUCUUUAAAUCAUUAAAAAUAAAAUCGUUACAAAAUAGUUUUGAUCCGAUUGAUAGAGUUCCACGAAAGGCUUCUAAUCAGCUAGCAUCCGCUCUUGAACGUGUCCUCCGUCAUCCUCUUUGAGGCUUCAGACGGUUUGUUUGCUAAAUGUUCCCUCUCAACCCCGCUUCCUUCAGUCUCGUCUCUCGGCCUUCUCGCCUUUCGCUUGAACCUCGGCGAACCUCAGGCCAUUGUUAAAACUUUUUCGAGGUUAUUACACGUGAGAUAUGUAAAUGCGUCGCCGGUCGGGGUCGGUCCUCGACGUCGAAGGACCAGCUCCGCCGAGUCGUUCCCACUCGUUCUUUCGGGCUCUUCCUUGCUCUCUCGCCCGAUUCCUUGACUCCGCUCGGCAGGGGCGGAUCGGACUGUAGCGUGGCAGAUAAUUCGCGAUCUUGUGCAACUGUAUACAUGGCCAAUUCUCAUGUCAUCGUUAUGGCGAUUCGAAUCCUCGUAAAUCUUUAAACUAUUUAAUCAUAUUGAAAUUCGAAUUAUAUAUAUUUAAAAAAUUAUUCAAAAACCAGAUUUCUUAAAAGUCUUAAACGAUCUCGAAAAUUGCAAAUGUCGUGAAGUUUUUGCAAACCUUGAGUCUUGAAAAUGUUUAACGUGUUGAAAUGAAGAAUGAGUUACCUAGUAGGAAAAAACCUUUAAAUUUGUUAUUUGAAAUAAUUUGUGAUUUUUAUUAUAUAAUCCGUACUCUGAACCUAUAAUUCUCUCUCAAUUAAUUUUGACUUUCCCAUUUAUUUAGGCUCGGUCAAACUAACACGUUUCUCACAAAAAUAUCGACCUAUAAGAUUCAUAAGAGUUUCUGCACCAGGCAAUACGAGUUUUCUAUAGACUCAAACAUCUAUGGACACACAUAGACCACAUCCAUCCGUCAACCACUCGCUGCUGCUGUGCAAAUAUCCUUGGACAAGAAUGCAAGUGACGUUCUACACGUGUAAACCAUAUCCUCUCUCUUCCUAUGUCUGAAUUGAUAUUAUUUAAUCGCACGCGGUGCGUCGUCCGAGAUGGAAUUUCUUUUCAGUGUCCGCUCCUGCUCCUCGCCGCCGUCGCCACCACCGCCGCCUCUGCAUCGUCAUCACCAUCUCUCCGACUUCUCUGUAACGGAUAGGCCUCACCUCCGGAACGGAACUGACUCCAGUCUGCUUUCGGUUUGGCCAUCGCGAAUGCCAAGCGCGUCGAGCUCAGUAAGAGCGUGGCGUUCACGACGUGCGCUUCGCUGACCGCCGAUCACGCGAUCGCCGUCCUCGUUAUUCCGGAAUAAAGUUUCCAAGAGGCGAUCGCUCAAUUCGCGUCGACCUAGUCCUAUCGUUCCUAGAGCGGAAAAAAAAGGGCGCAACGAUACGCGCGCGUGCACCCGCGCGCUCGAAAGAAGGACGAAGAUCCUGUGGCGAGUGGAUCGAAUCAGGAAUACCGCAUGUGCGACCGGGUCGGGAGGAAUGAGUCCAAAUAAUUCGGCGGAUCCACGAGACAGAAGCUCGAUGUUCAAAAAGAGCCUGUAAGAAUACUUUCUGUUAGAGAAUUGCAUUCUACCCUCAAACGAAACGAGAGAUUCGAUUUUCCCAGUAUUUGAAAUAAUUAAUACAUGUUUAAAUAUUUGAUACGUGUGAAUUUUUUAGCGACGUAUAUACAAACAUCUUCAGACAAAUGACAUACCUCCCUCGUUAAAUCAAUUAUUUAACAACACUCAGGUACGACAGUUUAAAUGGAUGCUGUGAAUCUUGUAUAGAAUAGUGCUAAUUAGUGAUCGAUUUUAAUACAGAUCUUUGCCACGAUUGAAGCUAAAUUCAGCUUGACGAAAAAAAAAAAAAUAUAAUAAAGUGAAGGAGAGAGCGUAUGGACGGAUUUCCGUGGUCCUUCCCGCUUUGGCGCGAAGAGCCGAAAAGUCUCGGCUCUUCGCUCGAUCCUCGCCGGGUGUUUCACUCCGUCCGUGCUUCACUCUACUUACUCAAGCUGACCCUGAUCGUAAUAAUUAAUGGCAAGUGCAUGGUGGCGGUUUACUCAUGCCUGGCGAUAAGUACGUAUACGCGGAUACCAGGUAUCCGUACGCGUCCGCAGACGCGCAGCAGAGGUCCGUACCUCUCCGGUUAUUAAACAAUUUCCGCCCGCAAUUGAACGCGCUCGUAAUGAACGAUGUUGUAAUUAACGUUAGCGUCAGCGCAUGCAGAACUUUGCUCGCGCGAAGUUACGCGCCUGUCCUUAAGCGAGGCCCGGCCUAAUUGGUCAUUAACACCAGGAGAUCCAUUGGUCCCACCGCCCUCCUUCGCUUUCGGUCGACAGCUCCGUUGGAUAUUAUUACGUUAUUGUUGCACCUGGCGGCCCCGGCGCGACCUGUAAAGACCCGGAACACACCGCCUAAGUCUCAUCAGGUGGCGAUGCGUCCGAGAGAAGUUGAUACGCGUCUCUGAUAGCCCCGUUGUGCACUGGGAUAUGAUAUGAUUGAAAAUAUUCGAAAGGCAUGGGGCUUAAACGCGCCGAGCCGCACACGAACGAAUUUGACACGCGAGCGCGCAAACGGAAGAGGUAUCAUAAAUCAUUAAUGCGAUCCGGCAUUCCUCCGUUAAUGAGAUCCCCUCCCACGAGAGAGGAGCCGGCUAAGCCAGAGUUGGUUUUCGCAAAUGUUGAGCAUCAGGAGCAGCCGAGCUCAACAAUUACGGUUAUAUAUACGGUCUGCCUUUCAAUCAGUUUCAAGUGGAUUCUACGUAACUGACCUACCGCCGAGAGAAUUACAUUUCCAACUGCCUGGAAACUAUGCCGAAUAAUACAAGUAGUUAAACCAUCGUAGCUCACGUAUUUGCUUACUGCUUCACAUCUGUCUUUAUUUCGUUGUAAAAAAAAAAAGGGAAAGUAUAGGAAGUCUCUUUCUGAACCUUACUCGCGUGAUUUAACGAAAACUUCAUCUAUUCGCAGAAGUAGAAAUCCGUUAACGGAUUAAGAAAUCGUCGAAGGGACCGAUCGGCGAGCGUGCGAGCCGGCGAGUGCCAUUUAAUCACGAGUGCGGUUUUACAGGCGCAGCCGGUGAACCCUAACCGAGACCGCGAACACAGGUGUCCGACUGCAAGGAUGCGCGCACGAAGGAAACGGUGCGUGAUGUCCCGGUGACGACGACGGCCACGAUUGCGAUCACGCUCACGCACGCAUUUUUACGCGCGUGUACGCAAAGAGAGAGAGAGAGAGAGAGAGAGAAAGGGAGCGAGAGAGAAAGAGAGAAAGAAAAAGGGAAAAAGAGACCAAGAAAAAGGGAGCCAGAAACAGGCCCGCCGAUGAGGCUGGGUCCGAUUAUCCUGUCGUGGGCCACGGCCACGGCCGGCUGGCUGGGCCCGUCGGGCGGAAUCGCGGCGACGGCGACGGCGAUGGCGCGAGCCCCGCGCUCUCGGGACUACGAGCUCUCGACGGAGUUCUUCUUGGUGCCGUCCGAGAUCGGGCAUCACGGCUUGGCGAGCGUGGCGAGCGUUAUCAGCGUGCCGGCGCCGAACCGGACGAUCACCGUCUUCAGGACACCGCCGGGCGUCAGGAAGAGCCAGGAGGUAGAGAUGCGACCGACCCCGAAGUCCCUACUGAAGCAACGGCCCUGGGCGCUGCCGCUCGCCGCGCUCAGCGCCGCGACGAUGCUCCUCAUGGCUGGCUUCGAGAUCUUCGUGCUGUUCAAGGCUAGAGCGACGGCACCGAACAGACGGCACUUGUUCCUGGGCCAGGCAUUGCUUCUGGGCCUCUUUCUUCUGGCGGGUCUCUCGGCCGCGGCCUCCCUCAGCCAAAAUCCACUGUCCUGCGCAGCUUUCCGGUUGGUGGGUCUCCCCGCUGCCCUCGUGUUCGCCGCUCUGCUGGUCAAAUGCGUCUUCCUGCUCUCGUUGAACAGCGGCGUGUACCUUCCGGCGCCCUAUCAGGCGCUGGUGCUGGCGUUCGCGGUGUUGGUGCAGGUGGCCAUUGUCGGGCAAUGGUUUUACGGCGAACCACCUGCGGUGAUCCAGGUGCAACAGCAGCAGCAGCAGCAACAGCAGCAGCAAGCUACGGGCCAAAGCUCGUCGACGUCCACCGCCUCCUGCAGGACCCCGCUCGGACAAAUAGUGGCCUCCCUCGGGUAUCCCGGCGCGCUGUUAGUGGCGGUGGCGUGUCUAGCGGUACGCGCGCGGAGCGUCCGGGACAAUAAUCGGGAAGCGGCCUUCAUCGGCCUGGCGGUCGGGCUCUCGCUGCCGAUCUGGAUCUCCAGCGGCAUCGGCACGCUCGCGGCCGCGAGCGAGGGCGAUCGUGAGGCCUGGCUGGCGUACGGUCUGCUCGCCACCUCGCUCUUCGUCUUCCUCACCAUGUUCCUGCCGAAGGGCCGGCAGCUGGCCGCCCUGGGCCGCGAGGGGCCCGCCGCCGUCAUUCGCGAUCGCGACGACGCCCUCAGCUCCCUCCCCGGCAGCGGUUACUCGCCCUCCUUCUUCCACUUCAAGCCCGCGGAGGCGUCCCUCAAGAGGAAGAUGCAUUACCACAGUGCCGAUCGAGUCGCACUGGUCUCGUCCGGGAUACCCGGAUGCAGCGCCUGCAGGCACGGAGGAAGUCCCAUAUACUCGGACGAUAUGCACGGACCGAUGGAGACGUUCGUUCUGCCACCCGGUAUGUACUUGAGGCCGGAGGACGCCGGAAAUCUCUACACGACCUUGUCGGCCAAUCCCAACGUGUUCUUCCAAAGGGCUGCCCAUCCCGGGAUGAUGUACUGAGGGCGAAUUCUUAUCUCGCCCCGACGACAAGACUUAUUGUUGUACAUGCGCGUCGCGUAUUAAGAUUAGAUUACGGACAGGCGCGAUUGUUGAUCUCUCGUUUACUUGUAAAUAAUCGUCGUUAUCGGUACCUGGUGGAGCGAAGUACUUUUCUCCGCGAGUACUUCUCGGACUUGUAACUCGGACGAUCAUCCGGCGGGAUGAUGCACCUCCCGCCGGAGAAACGCGCGCGAUCAAUUGCGGAUCGCCGCGAGCAAUGAAUCGAGCCUGCACGCUGCGAAUCACCGAUGCGAGAGAGACUCGAACUGGAAGUCUACGUGCCUCCGGAACAACGCAAUAAAUGUUACGACGCAAUUUUUUUUUAAAUACGAGAAAUAUUAUUUUUCCACACCACACCUUGCGGAUGAAUUCGAGGAACGUUUAUGCCAACUGUCUCUUUAAUUAAUGGAGAAACGAAGAUCAUUGUUAAAUGAUGUGAUUAUUGCGUCAAAAUUUUAGACUUUUGGGGAAAAUUAAUUCCUCGAAAGCAACUUCUAUUAAAUUUUUGCGCCGAAUAAUCGAUUAAUGUUUUAAUAGGAUUGAAGACACUCGUGUCCAUUUCUACCUAUAAGCAUGUUCCUUUUAGUUGCACUGCUGCACUGGUGCAACAAGUUAAAGUGAGAUAAAUAUAUUUUUUCUCAUUCUAACUUAUUACACCAGUGCACCGACAAAGAACAGGCCUUAUGUAAAUUAACUUUAAUCUCAAGUUUAAUUUAUCUUUUUCUAAUUGUAAGAAUUGAAAGAAGACACAGAGUUAACAGAGAAUAAUUAAAUUAGUAGAAAUAGACACCAGAGGAAUCUUUCCUCUGGAAAACAAAAAAAAAGAUCAAAUUUCGAUCUCUGUGCGACGAUUAAUACAAUCGACAGAAUUAUUUAUAAUCCCUGUUUUUUUUUCUCCUUGUGCCAAAAGCCAAGAAGUUAAUAAUCCUAUGCACAUAUUAACAAAAUAGAUAUUGCUCGACAAGGGAGGAGGGGAGGAAGGAGAAUUGAUCGCUAAUUAAGUUAAUCGGAUUGAAGAGUCACUCCGGAUUUGUAGAAGCAUCUAUCAUUAUCAGCUGACAGCUGAGCGGGACUAAUUGGAUGUCUUACCUUCUCACAAAAGAGUUAGAGAUUGCAAUGAUGACGAGGAAAAUCCUAGAUCAAUUGCCGUGCUCGAUUGCGAUCGAUUCGAGCGGCAACGUAUACAACUACAAGCAAACGGAAGCCUACUGAGAAUCACGGCCGCGAUUUAACCGUGACUUUACUUUAGAAUGCUUCUACGUCCAUAAAAUGUAGAUAUUAACGAUGCAACCAAUGUCUAUGAAAUCUAUAGGUAAUGUAAUCCACAACUUUGUGAUUCUCUUCCGUGCUACAUUCAAGAGCAGAGUUGGACGUUUAUGCAUGAAAUAUAUACUCUACCUAUAUGUGUAUAUAAUGUAAAUUAUGUAAAUUACGUGUCAUUUUACGUUUUUUAUGUAAACAAUAAUUUAGAGUAGUUUUAUAGAAGUUUUAGAUUUUAUCAGAAAUAAUGAAAAUUAUAUUUGAUUUAUUUUUGAUAAAUCAAAAUAUCUAAAUAAUUUAUUUCAUUUUAUUAAUAUUAAAGUCAUAUGUAUGUAAAUAUUUUUAUAAAUUUUAUAAAUUUCUUUUAUUUUGCUAUCUAAUUUAAGGCAUUGAUCCAUAUUCUACACAAAAUAAUUGUACACAAGCAGAAUAUUCUACACACAAAAAAUUGUACAUGGAAAAACUGUGCACAAGAAAAUUAUCCUUGAAUUAAAAAUUGCCCACGGAUAUAUGGACAGUUUUUCUACACACAAUAGUGUACAAUUAUCUUGUGUAAAAUAUGAUCUCAAUUUAAUUUAAGACUCGCUUUGACUGAUUGCGAAACAUUGCAUUUUCCUCUCAUAAUUGUAUUAAUUACAUAUUGAUCUAAUGUCCAACUUAUUAUACAUGUUUGUAUAUAUGUUGCCUGAAAAA